ACUUAAGUUAAUGCAGAUAGGCGCUUUUCGCGCCUCGUACAGAAUUAAAAAAUUUGUUUUAUUCAUUUUAUUAAAACAAUAUAAAAUAUCAAAUGCUAUACUGAGCAUGCUCGAGGUUAAUAUUGUAUGCAAUGAUAGAAUUCAUUAAUUUUGCUUGAAGAAAUACAUUUAAUUAACUUGUUAAUAUUUCUUAUUUUUCUCUUCUCCAUGAGGGGUCUAUUCUAUUUAUGUCAGUAAAAUAUAUACGUUACUGAGCGUAUCAGCAAGACUCGUGUAUUGCGUAUGCGCAAAACGUUCGUCCUCAUCUGGGAAAACCGAUCCCCACGUAAACGUCGUUGCUUUUGUGGGGUUAUGUACAUAACGGAGUUUUUUAUCACUAUACAUCUGAUGCGAAUUUUACUGGGAAGCCCGAGAAAAAAUGCGAAUAAAGGGACGCUAACAAAAUUGAAUUAAGGAUUUCGUGCACCGAAUUUUCUAGAGAAACAGUAAAUCCUAGAACACAAGUUCUCUGAGAACGUAUGACAGCGGAAGGAAAAUUUCAAUGGAAUUUACCGAGAACAUGGUCGUGUUAGAAAACAUAAUUACUUAGUAGCAGCGCAAACAAAUUUCCAUCGACGGCGAGAAACGGCGUUUCAGGUUGCAUCACGCAUGUAUCUGCUUUCAAUGUUCUGUUUCAUCAUCCACGAUCACCUGACCAGAAAGAGCCACGUUGAGCGACUAUUUCGAUCUCAGAGAUAAGCGAUGAUCGUCGGAAGAAUCAUAUGUUUGAAGAAACAGUUUUUCGCACGAAAAUUUUCAAAGAGCACAAAGGAGGCAUGGGACAGUUUUCUGCGUAGCAGCCCGAGAGCGUCGCUCAGAAGAUUCUUAGAGAACCACGAUGAUGUGGCGAAUGAGAUUUUACAAAAUACCGAGAUCACUCGUAACCAUCUGACUCCGGAAUUGAAAUUAUUCCUGCUGACUCAGAAUUGUUCCUUGUAUCACAAGCCUGUCAUUAGCGAACAUGAGGAUGGAAAAUUUAGCUCUUUGACUAAAAACGUAUUCCAAGAUCCGUAUUGGUCGAUAUAUUGGCCUGGGGGUCAGGCACUGACAAGAUUCAUCUUCGAUGAAAGAGAAAAAAUUCUAAAAACGAUGUCAAAUUCAAGAAAAGAUACACUAAGGAUCCUGGAUUUAGGUGCGGGAUGCGGCGCUGCAGCAAUAGCUGCCAAAUUGACAAUUGGAACCUGCGAGAUUAUCGCGAAUGAUAUCAGCAGAGUCGCCUGCGUGGCCAUUGCGAUGAACGCGAUAUUGAACCACGUGGACAUCGAGGUGUCGUGGAAAAACCUCUUGGAAAAAUUCCCAGAAGAUUUAUACGAUGUGAUUUUUGUCGGUGAUUUACUAUAUGAUGAAGAAAUAGCGAAUGCCCUAAUUGCGUGGUUGGAACACACAUAUGCGCGAGGUGCGCGAAUUUAUCUAGGAGAUCCAGGAAGGUAUGGAUUAACCGAAGAUCUCAGGAAGCGAUUGAGAUUGUUGCGACGAUAUUCCUUGCCUCAAAAUGUCAAGAAGGAGAAUUGUGAUUACGACACGGCUGUCGUGUGGGAAUUUGUCGGACUGUGACGCACGUAGAAUUUACUAAUUAAGUGAAGUACGUUUGAAAGUGCAAUACCGGGAGAUAUUCUAAUGUAGAAUUUAAAAUCUUUUUAUAUUAAAUCAUUUGUUAAUCUUCGGACGCACUCACAAUCAAUUGAUACUUUAUUCUGAUGUAUUUAUUAUUUCUUUACUAUUAAUAAACGCUUAAUUGCGCUCAAGUUGCAAAAGCCGAUUACUCGACCGCUCUUUGAAUCCAUAUGCAUGGAUUGAUUAAGUAAUGUGUGUUUGUUCAGACGCAUGUGCUGUAGCGUUGACGCAAAUGCACAAAACUACUGACAAUUAUAUGUCGUAUAUAUCACAUAGUUAUAUGAAACAUUUGUAAUUUAAAGCUCACCGCAAUGACAAUCACGUAUGUCAUGCUUACGUAGAACAACAAGCAUGAUUCCCCGUGGAGAAAUCCUCACAAUGUUUCCAACUAAACGCGCUCAAAAUAAUCACAUGUGUGUAUAUCCUAUUUUAAAAGCAGGAAAUUCUGUUUCAUUAUAUAAUCUGUGUGUGCAUGUCUCGUC